CAUUGUCCAAUCAUGAGGUCGAUUAUUAUCGCAUCUAUAGUGGCUUUGGCCAUUGCUUUCUCCCCAGCUUUCGAGCGCACAUUUGAGCCGAAAAUCGACUAUCAUUACAAGUUCGACGGACUUGUUCUUUCCGGCCUUCCAACUGCUUCCUCUGAGCUCUCCCAAUCUCGUUUUUCUGCUCGUGUCCGUAUUCAAGCUGUCGAUGACCGUCACAUUCACCUUCAACUUGUGAAUAUUCACAUGGCCGCUUCCCACCUCCCAGAGUCCGAGCAGAUUCCAUCCUUGAACUCCAUGGAGCAGCGCGAACUCUCCGAGGAGUACAAGCAAAUGCUCAAACUCCCACUCCGUGCUCAACUCAGAAAUGGACUCAUCGCCGAGCUCCAAUUCGACAAGGAAGAUGCUGAAUGGUCAAAGAACAUGAAGAGAGCUGUUGUCAACAUGAUCUCAUUCAACCCAAUUGCUCCAAGAAACGAGAUUGAGAAAAUCGAAUCUUCUUAUGACAAGGAGGAACAAUCUGAGGAAAACACUUCUUUCUUCACCAACGAGAAGACCCUUGAAGGAGACUGCCAAGUCGCCUACACUGUCAUCCGUGAGCAGAAGAAGACCAUCAUCACCAAGUCCAUCAACUUUGACAAGUGCACCGAACGUUCCGAGAUCGCUUACGGACUUCGUUACUCUUCCGAGUGCCCAGAAUGCGAGAAGGACACCGUGCUCAUCCGCCCACAAACUGUCUACACCUACAUUUUGGAAAACGAAGAGCUUAAAGAAUCCGAGGUCCGCUCCCUUUACACUGUCAACGUUAACGGACAAGAAGUCAUGAAGACUGAAACCCGCUCAAAGCUUGUUCUUGAGGAGAACCACUCCAUCAAAAGUCACAUAGAGAAGGUCAAUGGAGAGAAGGAAAGCAUCAUCUACUCUUCCCGUUGGGAGCAACUCGUUGAAGACUUCUUCAAGAAUGGAGAUAAGGCUGAGUUCGCCCCAUUCGAGAAGUUCCCACUUGACAAGAAGAUGCACUUGAUCAAGACUAUCACUGAGCAAAUACAAGAAGUCGAGAACAACAUCCCAGAGACCUCCCACUUCCUUGCGCGUCUUGUCCGCAUUUUCCGCACCACCUCCACCUCCCAACUUAAAGAGAUCCACGAGACUCUUUACGUCAAGGCUGACAAGAAGAUCCAAUCUUUGAUGGAGCACGCUCUCGCUAUUGCUGGAACCAAGAACACCAUUCAACACAUUCUUGUUCACAUCGAGAACGAGGACAUCGUUCCACUCGAGGCCGCUCAACUUCUUAAGUCCAUCCAAGAGACUCCAUUCCCAUCUCAAACCAUUGCUGAAGCACUCAUCAAGUUCGCCGAGUCUCGCGUUUCCAAGAACAACCAGGUUGUCCGACAAUCUGCUUGGCUCGCCGCCGGAUCAGUUGUCCGCGGAAUUGUUGACUACAAGAAUAUCCGUCCACUCGUCCGCGAGGACAAGCGUGAGCUCAAGGAGAAGUUCCUCCGCGUAUUCAUGCAACAAUACAAGGAUGCUGAGACCACCUACGAGAAGAUUUUGGCACUCAAGAGCAUCGGAAACGCUGGACUCGACAUCUCCGUCAACCAGCUCAACGAGAUCAUUGUUGACAAGCGCCAAUUACUUCCAGUCCGCAAGGAAGCCAUUGAUGCCCUCAGACUUCUUAAGGACACCAUGCCACGCAAGAUCCAAAAGGUACUCCUCCCAAUCUACAAGAACAGACAAUACGAGCCAGAGAUCCGCAUGCUUGCUUUGUGGAGAAUGAUGCACACCCGCCCAGAAGAGUCUCUCCUCGUCCAAGUUGUUUCCCAAAUGGAGAAAGAGACCAACCAACAAGUUGCUGCUCUUACCCACCAGAUGAUCCGUCACUUUGCCAAGUCCACCAACCCCUGUUACCAACGUGUUGCUAUCGUUUGCUCAAAGGUUCUUUCCUUCACUCGUUAUCAACCACAAGAACAAAUGAUCGCUUCCUCCUACGCUCAACUUCCACUCUUCCUUCAAAACUCCUUCUCUGGAGCUCAAUUUGACUUUGCCGCUAUCUUCGAGAAGAACUCUUUCUUGCUAAAGGAUCUUCACGCUUCUCUUGAUGCCGUCUUCGGAGGAAACUGGAACAAGUACUUUGCCCAAAUCGGAUUCUCACAGCAACACAUGGACAAAUACGUUCAGAUGGCUCUUGAGAAACUCGAAAGCAUUGAGAAGGAGUCCACAACUGUUGUCCGCGGACGCCGUAUCCAAACCGGAAUCACGCUUCUUAAGGAACUUGCCCUGAAAAUGAACAUCCGUGCUCGCCCAGCAAACUACAACGAGAAGGAUGCCUUCGCCAUGGUCUACCUUCGUUACAAGGACAUGGAUUAUGCCAUCCUCCCAGUCGAUACCCAACUCAUUGAGAAGCUCAUUGAGAAGUACAUCAGCAACGGAAAAGUUCAGUUCAGCGAAAUCCGCCGUCUUCUUAACCAAGAGCACGAGUUCGAGACUCAUCAUGCCGCUUACUUCUAUGAGGCUAUCCGCAAAUUCCCAACCACUCUUGGACUUCCACUCAUCGUCUCUGGAAAGAUCCCAACGGUCUUUUCGGCUGAAGGACAAUUCUCUCUUGGACUUGAGGAAACCGAACUUCGUUUGACCGUUGAGGCUCGCCCAUCCGUUGCUGCCACCCACGUUUACGAGAUGAGAAUGUUCACCCCACUCUUCGAGCAAGGAGUCAAGAGCGUUCAAUCCGUACGCGCCUACACCCCAAUCAAGAUUCAAGCCGUCGUUGGAAUGAAGAGAAAUUUCGAAAUCGUCUACAAGGUUGUCGUUCCAGAGAACCAGAAAUCGAUCAUCUCCCUCACCACUCGCCCAGUUGUCUUCCUUCGUUUCCCAGGAUUCUCAAAGUUCGAAUACAUUGAGGCUGAAGAGAGAACCGUCGUUGUUCCACAAUGGCAACAAAAGACUCAGGAAAUUGAGAAGGUCUUCAACUUCCUCGGACUUGAAGUCUCCACACGCGGAAACAUCCUCAACCAACACACUCUUGAAAACUGGCUUCUUGCCGAGCAAGACUUCGAGGUUUCCGUUGAGAACAAGUACCGUCCAGCCGAAUUCACCGCCCGUCUCACCGUUGGACAACUCGAGAAGACCGAGCUCUCCCAAAUCAAGUACAACAAGAUCUUCGAAAAGGAGUUCGAGCUCGAACAAGAGAACACCGAGAGCCGCCGUGAGUACUUCACCAAGAUGGUCAAGAGCAUCCAGAAAGAGCAAGGAUACAAAUCUGUCGUCUCCUUGAGACUUGAGGCCCCACGUGACUACACGAUGAACACCGAGGUUACCACCGUCUGUGACAAGCAAGUCCGCAUGUGCCAAUGGGAAGUUGAAAUUCGCCGCUCCCCAAUCCUCGAGGAAACCAAGGAAUGGACUCUCCGCUCCCAACUUCUUGUUGUCCGCCCAGAGAUGCCAUCAUCCCUCCGUCAACUCCACGAUCAACCACACCGUGAAGUUCAACUCUCUCUUACCUCUACCUGGGGAUCCCAGAAGAAGAGCGAAGUCACCGUCAACGCUCAACUCCAACAAUCCAAGGAACAGAAGAAAUACGAGCGUAACAUGGACCGUCACUUCAAUGGAAUGCCAGAGUACGAGCUUUUGAUCAAGGCCGCCCGUCUUAACCAGAUCAACGCUGUUGCUGAGUACAAGCUCACCCGUGAAACCGAACAAGUUCUUGCCCGUUAUUUUGAUCUUGUUAAGGCCUACAACUACUGGACUGUCUCGAGCCGCCCAGAGAACAACGAGAAUGAUCGCGUCGUCGUUCAACUCACAGUUGAGCCAAUGUCCCGACAAUACGUCAACAUCACCAUGCAAUCCCCAAUUGAGCGCGUUGAGCUCAAGAACGUUCAAGUGCCACGUGUGUACCUUCCAUCCAUUGCUCAACGUUCCGUCAAGCACCUACUUAAUGAGGCUUCCGGAUCUGUUUGCAAGGUGCAAAAGAACCAAAUCCGUACUUUCGAUGAUGUCCUCUACAACACUCCACUCACCACCUGUUACUCUCUGAUCGCCAAAGAUUGCUCCGAGGAGCCAACUUUCGCUGUUCUCUCCAAGAAGACUGAAAAGAAUUCCGAAGAGAUGAUCAUCAAGGUUAUCCGUGGAGAACAAGAAAUUGUUGCUCAACUCCAGAACGAGGAGAUUCGCGUUAAGGUUGACGGUAAGAAGAUCCUUUCUGAGGAUUAUUCUGCUCACCAAAUCGAGAGACUCGGAGAGUCCGAUAUUGUUAUUGAGCUACCAGAAGGAGAGGUUCGCUUUGACGGAUACACCAUCAAGACUCAACUUCCAUCCUACAGCCGCAAGAACCAACUUUGCGGACUUUGCGGAAACAACGAUGAUGAGUCCACCAACGAGUUUUACACUUCCGAUAACACCGAAACCAAAGACAUCGAAGAGUUCCACCGAUCUUACCUUCUCAAGAACGAGGAAUGUGAAGCCGAGGAGGAGCGUCUUUCUGAGAAGAAGAACUACAGAAAGUACGACGAGAGAAAGUACGAAUCUGAAGAGUAUUCUUUUGAGGAGACCUAUGAUUAUGAGCAGGAAAACACCAAUAAAAAGCAAAAGAACCAGAGAAGCCAGAAGAAAUCCGAUCUUGUCGAGAAGACUCAAAUCAAGGAGUUUUCCCACCGCAUCUGCUUCUCCGUUGAGCCAGUAGCCGAGUGCCGUCGUCGUGGAUACGAAGCUGUGGAGCAACAACAAAGGAAAGUUCGCUUCACCUGCUUGCCACGUCACAGUUCUGAAGCCAGACGUCUGGUGAAGGAGGCUCGUCAAGGAACAGUUCAACUUGAUGAUCACAAGAUUUCCUUUGUCCACUCAGUUCAAGUCCCAGUUGCUUGCGUCGCUUAUUAAUUCAUAAGCUCGGCCGGCCUUUUUUUUCAUAAUUUUAUAACUUCUGCUAAUAAUUGUCUUUCUAGUACAAGUUUAGAAAUAAAUUUUCAUUAGUUUAUUUUUAAGCUUUUGGAAACUGUUUCAUAUCCAUCAUCAAGUUGCAGAAAUUUGGUAGAAACAUCAAAAAUUACUUAUGGUUUUUUCAACGUUUUGGCGUAACAGAAAAUAAAUCGAGUUUAACAUUUU